AUGGCAGCUCAAACCCCCGACGGCGCGCCCAUAGACCUGGCAGAAAACAAAAAGCGCAUGCUCCGCGGCGACUUGUACUAUGCCUUUACGCCAGACCUCGCCCAGGAUCGAAAGGAAAUCACCAGAGACGAAACUCCGCUCCCACCAAAGGCAGCAACCGAAGAAGAAGACGAAGCACUCCUAGACGACUAUCCAAUUGUCGAAAUCGGUAUAAGAGCAGAUUACGGAUACAAUGUCCGCCUCGGCAAAAACGUCUACGUCAACGCAAACAGCACCUGGAUCGACACCUGCCCCAUCACCAUCGGCGCCCGCACCAUCAUGGGCCCCGGCUGCAGCUUCUACUCGGGCACGCACCCGCUGGACCACCGCGUGCGCAACGGCACCCGCGGCCCGGAGUCGGGGAAGCCCAUCGUCGUGGGCGAGGACUGCUGGCUCGGCGGCGGCGUGACGGUCUUGGCGGGCGUGACGAUUGGGAAGGGGUCGGUAGUUGGUGCGGGCAGCGUUGUGACGAAGGAUGUGCCGGAGGGAGUUGUCGUGGUGGGAAAUCCGGCGAGGUUUUUGAAGACGAUUGUCAAGGAGGAAGUGAAUGGUGCCGCGUGA